AACGAUGCUUUGUUGAGGGCGAUACUGCAAAUCCGUACAGCUUAAUCCAUAUCAAACAUCAAUUUAUUGCCACAAAGUUACGUUUUUAGACGUGCUGCCAUAACUAUGAAAAUAAAGUUAAAAGUGUUUAUGCGGAAAUGGCUUUACCUCACCACGGUAGGCCUGGCUCUAGUCGGGCCCGCUCAGGUUCAUGGUGCUGUGGUUGUGAUUGGCGCCCGCCCAUACCUGGAAAGGGUUGCAAAACGUGUGGUGGAGAUCUUGGAGGGCAGAUAUAUUUCAGGAAACUCCCUGCCCAUCGCAGAUUACGUAGCUCCCAUCCAAAUCACCGAUAAAGGGCUCUCGAUCAGUGGCAAUGUGUCGUUUCAUUCCGGUUUUCUCGCCAAGAUCGAUUCGAUCGAGUUCGAUGGACAAAAGUUUAAGGAGAUAUUCCUGGACACGCAAGUCAGCAUGGAAGGAGCGCUGAAAUGGCACGGCAUCGGCGUGGUUCUGGACUUUAAGGCGAACCUGGAGGAGUACGACGGAACCGGAACACUGUACGUCACGUACAACCAGUUUGACUUUCCGUUGCGUGUGUCACAGUAUUUCAACGCCACCGAACCUACCGGUUCGCUACAGUUCAUGUCCAUAGAUAACUCGAACAAGAUCGUUACGGUGGGCUAUCCUAACAACAAGUACGUGCAGCUGAUUUCACGCGCGGUAAUGACGAACUUCGAUUUCCGCGACUACAUGAUAGCAUCGUUCAGAAACUGGAACUUUCAAAACCUGCUGAAAGCGGUCAUCGACGAAAUACCAUUCCCCGAGGUGUGUUACAACUGCUGAUUUGUUCUGCAGGUCCCAACGUGUUCCGGUUUUCAGGCCCGGAAGCACGCCUUUUCUUGAACGCAAAAUUGAAGAGAACCUGUUUGUACCACAAUAAAUAUUGAGUUACAAAACAAAAAAA